AUGAUUUUACGGCGUCUGAUAAAUCUUCUCCGAUUCAGACCCGGACAGUCAUUUCGCUCCGUUCUGUCUUUCUUUCUUGGCAAACCUAAAGAUCUCGGAACUGAAGUCCCACGGAGACUAUUGAAAAAAUGAAUGUAUUUCAUCGGCAUGGACAUAAUAAAAACAUGUUUGUCUUGGUGUUGAUGCUGUUCGCGCCUCAUUGCUGUCACGCGUUCAACUUGGAUGUGAGGUUUCCAGUCGUCAAAGAGGGAAAAACUGCGGGGAGCUUAUUUGGACUUUCCGUUGCACUUCAUGAACAGGUCGUGGGAGAGAAACGAUACUUACUUCUUGUAGGAGCGCCGAAGGAGAAGGCAGGGUCUGGACUGCCAGCUACUGAGACUGGAGACGUGUAUGCCUGUCCAAUCACUGCAGACCCAAAAGAUUGCAAAAGACUGAACCUUCUCAAAUCAAAUCCUGAAGACAUCCCAGAACCUAAAAUGGACGUGAUAGAAGGGAUGUGGCUCGGCGUUUCUGUAGCCAGUCAGAGUCAACCAGGCGGUCGUAUAUUGGCCUGUGGCCAUCGUUAUGUCCGGAACAUGACGGCCAACCUUCGCAUGAUUGGGAAGUGCUAUAUUCGUGGAAAUAAUUUAAUGUACAACGAGGAUGACCCUGGUUGGCAGGCAUAUAAUGAAUUGUGUAAUCCCAUUGGAUCUAAGGAUGAUGAAGGCCUGUGUCUUGCGGGAAUGUCUUCUGCCAUCACUCAGACUGUUGUCAUCUCGGGCACGCCUGGUUGCUACAACUGGCAAGGGAAUGCAUUUCUGAACUGGCAUAACCCUAAUGAUCCUGGGUAUGAGCUGAAGAUCAAGUUUCCAGACAUGAAUAGAGGAAAUAUUUACAUUGGCUACUCUGUGGCUAUGGAUCAAGGCGUACUAAGCAAGGAGAAAGACACAGUGGUAACAGGAGCCCCAAGGGAUGGAGCCAAAGGAUCAGUGAUGAUGGCUGAAUCUUUGAAAAACAGUAACAUGGAAGAAAAACUAAUAUUAAAAGCCACUGUCAUGGGGAAGCAAGUUGGAUCCUAUUUUGGCAACAGCAUUGCUCUUGUGGACCUUAAUAAUGAUGGUUGGAAGGAUCUUAUUGUUGGAGCCCCUUUCUUUUUUGAUCGGAAGACAGAAAAAGGCGGGGCAGUGUAUAUCUAUAUGAACCAGAAUGGAUCUUUUCAUGACAACGAUGAUGUGAUCCUCACUGGACCGAAGGACUCAGCUUUUGGCAUGGCAGUUGUUGCUGUUGGUGACAUUAACCAAGAUGGCUUUCAAGAUUUUGCUAUUGGUGCUCCAUAUCAUGAAUCAGGCAGGGUGUAUAUAUGGAUUGGCAACAAAGAUGGGCAUUUCCACCAUGCCAGUCAGAUCAUUGAUGGAAAAGACUUCCCAGCUGCCGGAUUCCAGACAUUUGGCUACUCCAUCAGUGGUGGCAUGGACGUGGACGGGAACAGUUACCCGGAUAUAGUAGUUGGAUCAUUAGAUGAUCGUGUGGUAUUGCUUAGGGCACGUCCUGUGGUUCACCUUAAGAAAACUUUCACCGUGACACCAGAAGUUAUUGACCCUAAUGACUGUGAUUCCUGUAUUGAGGCAAAGGUAUGUUUCUCUUACAAACCGGGCACUGGCAGUACCAGCUCCACAGGGAGAAUUACAUUGCAAUAUACAGUGGAAGCUGAUCGAUUUCAUCGGAGCCCUCGUGUUCGUUUCCUUGACAACAAAGAAGGCAAAUUCUCUGACAAAAUGUCCAUUAAUCCAUCUGGUGAAUGUCGUGCUCUGAAACUCGAGCUGGUGCCCAAGGCAAUCCAAGACAAGGUGGCUCCAAUUGUUUUCUCGCUGAACGUGUCAUUGGAAGAGCCUCCUCCCUCAGCCAAGCAGUCGGUGGAGGAUCUCAGUGCUUUUCCUAUCAUCGGCCAAGGAGACGCUCUGACUGUCAGAAAAGAGAUUCACAUUCAGAAAGCCUGUGGACCAGAUAACAAAUGUGAGAGCAACCUUCAAAUGACAGCUUUAUUCACAGAUGAGCAGAACAGGCCGCUCCCAACGCAGGAUGGCAGCCAGAUUUUCCACUACACAACUGAUCUGAAGAAGCUAAGAUUGAUGGUAAAUGUGUCCAACAUUCCAUCAAAGGACAGGAUAGCGGAAGAUGCUUACAGUGCUUUUCUAAAUGUCACCAUUCCCACCUCACUCAGCUUCUCUAGCUUGAACCCCAAGAACUUGACUCCUGAAUUUCCAGAUGGGCCUUUUUUUCUUCAGUGUACGCUGGGGGACCCUUUUAAAAGCAAUCAGAGGAUGGAGAUUGAGAUCACCUUUGAAACGUCAGGAAUCACAAUAGAUAUGCAAGAAAUUCAGAUUGAACUGCAACUCUCAACGCGGAGUGAUCAGAAUGAUCUACGGCCCCUGACGAGAGUGCUGGUGGUGGAGUACAUCCUAAAGCCCCACUUUCUUGUACUUCCCUCCCAGUUUAAGACCGAAUGCAGUGGCAAAAUAAUGGGAGAAUCAGCCAUGAAAUCCAUUAGUGACAUUGGAAGCCCAGUGGAAUUCAACAUCACGGUGACUGUUCCUGGAAAACCUCUGGGAAAUCUGGGGUUUCUAGAAGUGGUCUUUCAGUGGCCUUAUUCAGUGUCUAAUGGGAAGUGGCUACUUUAUUUGUCAGAGAUCCUGAUGACAGGAAACUCCAAGUCAUUCUGUGUCCCUGAAAAGAACAUUAUAAACCCCCUCAAUCUAACAGUGUCGGAGCAUAAGUCUGGGAGGAGGAGGAAGAGGAGAAAUGAGGCCUCAGUUGAGUCUAAACACCCCAAGCCACAGGUCUCCCUGAACUCACGGGACGUCAGGAAAACUGUCAAACUGGACUGUACCACAGGCACUGCCCACUGUCAGACCUUUACCUGCCCCUUGCUGGACAUGGGCACCUCAACCACACUCAUUGUUAAAGCGCGCUUAUGGAACAGCACAAUACUUGAGGACUACACUGGUGCAGAAAUAAUAGUGUAUGGUAAUGCCAUUUUGAGUUUAAAAACAGACAAACCUACCAUCAAGAUGAUCAGUGACACCCGUGAGUUCUCAGUAUUAAUAGAGUCUGCAGGCACAGAAAAUGGUCCAUAUGAAGCACCACUGUGGAUAAUCAUUGUGUCUGUCCUGGCAGGAGUCAUUCUGUUGGGUCUGAUUGUCAUUCUCUUGUGGAAGUGUGGUUUCUUCAAGAGGGCCAACACCAGAGAGCUUUAUGAGGCCAAGGCCCAGAAAGCUGAGAUGAAAACACAGCCAUCUGAAAAGGACCGCCUUACUGAGGACGACUGAGAUUCAUUGGUCUUUUGUGGGCCUCUGACACAAAUUGCAAGUUUACCCAAGAAACGCAAUGUAACACUUGCCUUGCCUGUGUUUUUGACUCAUCAUUGUUCUCGAAAGCACUAGAGGUUGUUUUUUUCCUGAAACAAAUUGAUAUGUGAAGCUUUUAUCAUGUCCUCCGGCAUUUGACGCUGCUAUCUUGGAGAUAGAACAAUGUCUUAAAACAGCAACUGUAUAUUGCUUUAAUCCAACUUCUGAAAGUCUUCCUUUGACAAGAGUAAUAACUUCCUUCUGUGAUACCGUGUUCCUUUCUUUUCUUUCUGUUUGAGAGCUUGCUUUCAACUGAGGCAACAAACUCCUGAUUAUCUUUUUUCUUACAGAGCUAACAAGCUUCUACAAAACCUGCUACAGAAAUGAUCACCGGUUUCAUACAUGCUCUCUCUGUCUCUUAAUAAUUCAGUCUCUUAAUGAUUUUGGUUGAGUUUAAAGAAUUGUUUCACUCAGUUGAUAUACGGGUAUGCUGAUACAAAUCUAUAAUCUCAUGAAAUGACUUCAUUUGAGGCUGUCAUCUUUGGAAAGGUGCAUGCAGAUUUCAGUCUUCUCAAAACUUCCCUGAAUAAUUGCUGCUCACCUUGCCACUGUAAUUCUGCUUGUUAAGAGUAUGUGGUAUGUAGACUGCUCUCUCACAAGGUCCUUUUUGUAUUCUUGCAGAGUGGCUUUUUUCAGCGGGCUGCUUAUUUCAGAUCUAUGCCAAAAUACCAAGGAGUGAAGAUUUGUAAGAGGGAACAGUACCAGGUAAAUCAGGGCUUUCUGAUUGUGGACACCAACAAGAAACACUGGAUCACAAACUGGACAGAAAUGAAACGGUACUACUGAUGAAAGCACUCUGACACUGCCUCUCCUAGACAGUGCACUUCAAUGGUCAGAAGACUUCUGAGAAUGUUUUAGUAUUAUUAUUAUUAUUAUUAUUAUUAU